ACUAAUGGAAGUAAACACAUGGUGAACGAACUGUUGUGUGUAGACAGCUGAAGCUGUGACUCCUUUUUCAUUUGGCAAAUUGUUGUAUCUUGCUCACAGCUGACAUUUAAAUUCAAAUAUGGACAAGGCGCAAUCAAAGUCUCACGGUCAUUUCCCAAAGGGGAAGGCGAAGAUGCAUACUCACAGUUCCAAAAAGAGGAUAAAUCCAAAGAAACAAUUCAAAGGAAGUAAACAAGAAGGUGAGGGGUUUGCAGAGAAACGGAAAAAGAAGAUGCAUUAUGAGUACAUGAAGCUUUUGAAGAAAGAAAUGAGGGGACAAAAUGUGGAAUCACAAAGAAGUAAGGUGAACACAAGUGGUGCUGAUGAGAUGGUGGGGAAUGCAGCUAACAAGACUAAACCAAGGAACUUCAAAGUACAAGACAGGCAUCAAGGUAAACAGCAUAUGUUUUCUGAGGCUCAGAAGAGAUUUCAGGUGAAGAAAGAAAGUCAGGAAAAACAAAAAGAGGAGAACCUCUUGAGGCUGGAAGAACAGAAGAAAGCUAUUAAUCAGUAUAGAAGCAAGAGGAAGAAGAAGCACCUGAUGUUGUGCAAGAAAACACAUAAGGGCCAGCCAAUUAUGAAACACCAAAUAAACUAUCUGCUGGAGAAAAUUCAAGCAGACAUUGUUCGUUCAUGACAAAUCCUUCAUGACAAAUGAUGGAUCUAUAACAUAUUUAGUUAAAAAUAUGAAGAUACCAUGUACAUAGUUGAAUUCUGUAAAUAAAAUGUUUAUUGUCAUGAA